AUGAACGUUAUUACUCGAUUGAUGAAAUACCCAGCAAAGAAUCACGCAAAGAAAGUCCAAGAGCAUUUUCUGGCUAAGAAGUCAUGCGUAAGUGCCGAAAAGACAGCCUUUUUCAUUGCAUCUGCAAAGUAUAAGCUGUAUCCUUACUGUGACCAAACUGCACCCUUAAGACAAAAUAGAUAUUUCCAUUAUUUCACUGGUGUUGAUCAAAUCUCAGGUGCUUAUAUUCUAUACAACUUGGCCAAUGAAAAACUUACAUUAUUUUUACCAGAUGUUGAUACUGAAGAUAUUAUGUGGAGUGGUUUACCUUUGUCUCCUGAAGAAUCCUUAGAGCAAUAUGACGUUGAUGAAGUCUUAUAUGCAAAGGACGUUUCUUCUGUUUUGAAUGAUUUGAAGAAAUUAAACUUUUCUGUCUUCACCACCGAUAUAGAUGAAUACAAUCAAGAAGGCUUUUCCAAGGCGGUUAUUCCAAACGACCCUGAUUUCUUCUACGCCUUGGAUGAGGCCAGACUUAUUAAGGAUGAUUAUGAAGUUUCUUUGAUGAGGGAAGCCGCAAAAAUUACAGACAAAUCCCAUUUAGCAGUCAUGUCGGCACUACCUAUCGAGAGUAACGAAACACAUAUGCAUGCUGAAUUUGUUUAUCAUUCAAUUAGACAAGGUUCCAAAUUUCAAGCUUAUGACCCUAUUUGUUGUUCUGGCCCAUCAUGUGGUACUCUACAUUACGUGAAAAAUGAUGAUUCAAUGGACGGUAAAACUUCUGUUUUACUUGAUGCUGGUGCUGAAUGGAAAUGUUAUGCAUCAGAUGUUACAAGAUGUUUCCCAAUCAGCGGAAAAUUCUCAAAGGAGCAUUUGGCUAUUUAUAAUGCCGUUAGAGAUAUGCAGGCACAAGUUAUGGAAAAGAUUAAACCGGGUGUUCUUUGGGACGAUUUACAUUACUUGUCACAUAAAGUAUUGAUAAAACAUUUCCUCAAAUUAGGUCUAUUUCAUAAUGGUACUGAGGAAGAGAUUUUAGGAUCUAAGGUUUCUACUUGGUUUUAUCCUCAUGGUCUAGGACAUCUAUUAGGAAUGGAUACCCACGAUGUGGGUGGUUAUCCUAAUUACGAAGAUUCGGAUCCUAUUUUAAGGUACCUUAGAUUAAGGAGAAAAUUACAGGUAGGUAUGGUUGUUACUGAUGAGCCUGGUAUCUAUUUUUCCCCAUUUUUGAUAGAAAAUAUUAAUGAAGAACAGAAGAAGUACGUCAACAUGGAAGUUGUCAAGGAGUACAUGUACAUUGGUGGUGUUAGAAUUGAAGAUGAUAUCUUAGUUACCGAAGACGGAUAUGAAAAUCUAACAAAAAUUACCUCUGAUCCACACGAGAUUGAAAAGAUCGUGCAAAGGGGUUUAAAUAGAGGUAAAGAAGGUUUCCACGUGGUUAUAUAA